AUGGCCCUUGGUUGGAGUACUGGUCUUGAGCUGGAUAGUUGUAAUCAAACAUCUACAGGUUUUAUCUUAUUGGGACUGUUUCCCCCAUCAAAAACAGGCCUGUUCCUCUUCAUUCUGAUUGUUCUCAUCUUCCUGACAGCUUGGAUUGGCAACCUGUCCAUGAUCCUCCUUAUUCUCCUGGAUUACCAUCUCCACACACCCAUGUAUUUUUUACUUAGUCAGCUUUCUCUCAUUGACUUAAAUUACAUUUCUACCAUUGUCCCUAAAAUGGUGUCUGACUUUAUGUUGGGAAAUAAGUACAUCUCCUUCAUUGGCUGUGGGUUUCAGACCUUCCUUUUCUUGACUUUUGGGGGUGCUGAAACCCUUUUGCUGGCGUCUGUGGCCUAUGAUCGUUAUGUGGCUAUUUGCUAUCCUCUCCACUAUGCCUCACGUAUGAAUAACAGAGCCUGUGCACUGAUGAUAACUGGAUCUUGGGUGCUGGGUUCCAUUAAUUCCUGUGCUCACACUGGGUAUGCUCUCCACAUUCCUUACUGCCGGUCCAGAGUCAUCAACCAUUUCUUCUGUGAUGUCCCUGCCAUGUUGAUUCUAACCUGCAUGGACACAUGGGUCUGUGAGUAUACAGUAUUUGUGAGCACAAUACUCUUCCUAGUGUUUCCAUUCAUCGGCAUAGUGUGCUCUUACGGCCGUGUUUCUUGUGUCUACCGCAGGCAUCCUGGGGCAGGGAAGAAGAGGGCCUGUUCUACCUGUGGCACCCACCCCACUGUAGUAACUUUCUGCUAUCCAUCGUUUGCUUACACCUAUCUACGCCCAAGAUCCCUCUGAUCUCCAGCAGAGGACAAGAUUCUUGCAGUCUUCUACACCGUCCUCACACCAAUGCUCAACCCUAUCAUCAGCCUGAGAAGCAAGGAAGUGAUGGAGGCCCUGAGGAGGAUGACUCACAGAAUUUUCUUUGCAAAAAUGUAA